GUUGGAAGAGCCAAUAUGUCGACUGAUUUCAAAAUAAUAAUGGCAUAGCUUUUAUUAAAUGGAUUUGACGUGGUGUCAAACUGUGGACCAGAAGCAGUCGCAUUUUUCUUAAAUGGCGGUUAGGACUACUGACUGAAUCAAGUCCCUCUUUGGUUCGCGAUUUUACAAUCAUACAUUAAGUAACCUGCUUGGUUUUUCCAAGACCUUCGUCAUAUAACCGCCAUAUUGGAGGGAACUGUAAAGUCAUAACAUUGGCAGUCUGCUUCAAGAGUGUUCGUUAAUUCAAGAUCCGUGACGGAGUGCAGUGGUUGGUCCAUGUGGAGUGUACAGGGGGAGGCAGUCUGCUCCUGGCUAACUCAAUCCGAAUUCCCCCGCAGCGGGCCGUAAACUACUCCGAACUUCACUCACACAUCAUCCGGGGAACAGCUUCUACUCAAUAUGAAAGGCCGGAUCGAGCUGGGGGACGUCACGCCUCACAACAUAAAACAGCUGCAGAGGCUGAACCAGGUGAUCUUCCCGGUCAGCUACAACCACAAGUUCUACAAGGAUGUCCUGGAAGUGGGAGAGCUGGCCAAACUAGCAUACUUCAAUGACAUUGCAGUGGGGGCUGUAUGCUGUCGAGUGGACCACUCCCAGAACCAGAAACGGCUUUACAUCAUGACCCUUGGCUGCCUGGCUCCCUACCGUAGACUUGGUAUUGGGACAAAGAUGCUGAACCAUGUGUUGAACAUCUGUGAAAAAGAUGGCACCUUUGACAACAUUUAUCUUCACGUGCAGAUCAGCAACGAGUCCGCUAUCGAUUUCUACCAGAAGUUUGGUUUUGAAAUUAUGGAGACGAAAAAGAACUACUACAAGAGAAUAGAGCCGGCCGACGCCCACGUGCUUCAGAAGAACCUGCGUAGUCUAUGUUUGCCCCCCGGCGGAGAGCUGCAAAAGGCCAACUAGGGGACAAAGCCAGGCCCUGACCUCCAGACACGGCACUGUCACGCCCCGCCCCGCCCCAAAUGGAGCUAUGACGGACACCAGAGGUUUAAUCCUGAUGGUAUUGACGAGUUUACCUCCUUUAAGGGACGUGCGAAAAUAAAAUAAUAAUGCUGCAUUUUUGUUGAGAAAAAAAAAAAACUUGUUUUCCUGUUACGGUUUCUUUAAUUAUUUCCUUUAUUCAUUUAGAGAUGUGAAAAUAAAGAAAUGUGUGGCUUGCUACGGGAGGCAGGUCACAGCAUGCUGAAAGGCCUGGUUCUCUGUGAAAGGAUUAAAAACGGUCAUUAAGGUUAGAGGGUAUCUUCAAUUAUUAAUAAUAAUAAUAAUAAUAAUAAUAAUAAUAAUAAAUCAUUUCUGUUAACCUUAGUAUUAUGCUCUGAAUUGCCAUGGCAACAUUCAGAGCUCCGUCCCUCACAGCCAAGGAGCUGGGUGGCAGACGGCCAAUAGGAAGAGAAUUGCACUGAAUUUUGGAGACUUUUCUUCUUCUUGUUCUUCUUUAUAUUAGCAUAAAGUGAGUAUGUGGGAGUAAUGCUGGAUGUUAAGAUUUGUUGGUGAUUUCAGCAUCACUGGUCAGUUCCGGGACUGGUUCAGUGUCCUUUAGGGCUGGGUGCUUAAAAGCUUUGUGUGGGAGGAGGCAAUAAAAAUGGACUGCAAUGGAUGUGGUGUGAAAUUGAGUUUGAUGGCUUCCUUGUAUCAAUACGCCACACACAAUGUUUUCAUGUUGAGGUUAAUUUUUGGUCUUCUUGGGGUUUGUCCAAAUGCUGCAGUUAUUAAUGCAAGUGGUAGAUUUUGGAACACAGUGGAAGAAGAGUGAUAGCCUAUGGCAGGGCAGAGGGAAUGGACAACUAUGAACAAAGGAGGUAUGCGUGUGGAGCAGGGACCUAGUGAAAGUAAAGUAAAUGGUUUUAAAUUAUUUUUUUAAACGGUGACAAUGGUUAAAUGUCAAUUUUUCCCCCUACCGAAACAGAACUGUAAACAACUUUAAAGGUUAAAACAAAUGUACAGUUUGGGUCACAGCUUACAAUUUUUUGAGUGACCCUGUUUAUUAAUUGUGUUGAAAUGUACCAUCUUUUGUUGGAAGCCGUUUUGAGACUGACACUCAUACUGGGUUUGUUUUGUUUGGCAGAAAGGACAGGGCAGUUAAGUUUGAGAAAGGGAGGGUCUAUGCUGUGCAUGCUGGAUUUGGAGGUCGAAGGUCAUACACUUCAAGUAUACCACAUCAGAAACUCUGGCCCUCUGUGCCAGGACGUACCGCUUGCCCCAUUGUAAUAAAAUCAUGUUUUUGCUUGCUUGGAGGACUUUUAUCUGUUCUGGAGCUCUGUUUUGACCUUUUAACUUUAAAUAAAGACUCUAUUUGCAUUUGA